CCGCGCGGCCUGCAGUCCUGACCGACGACACUUCGCCGCAGCACGCCUGACACGCAACACGCGCCGGUUGCGCGCCCUUUCUCUCACGCAGUGCGACGUUACGUGAUUCAGUACGUGAAUGCAAAUACGGACCGCUCUGUUCAUACGCAUCGAGGAAUCCGGUACCGCCGAAUUUAUCAAAGGGCCGUCCUGGCCCCCUGCCCCCGACCCGCCCCGGACUGCGGGGACGCCCACACUGCUACGACUGCGGACACGUAGUCAAGAAGAGAACAAGGUAUGACUGCAACGCACGGUGGUGGUAGUGAAGACCACCGGCCGGACAGGGAUUCCGUGUACACGGUUAAGACCGGCUUCAAAAAUGAAGGCUACCAGCAUGACCGCGACACAAACGAUGAUAUUGUUAAACCUCCUCCACUUCCCACCGAAGACGACUCCUACGCCUCGGGCAAAGUUAAACUGUCAAGGAACGAAAAAUGGAGAAUAUUAAAAAAUGUAGCUGCUGUCAGCUGUGCGUUUAUGGUACAGUUUACGGCUUUUCAAGGAACUGCAAAUCUUCAGUCGUCUAUAAACGCAGCCGACGGCCUUGGCACAGUCUCCUUAAGUUCUAUAUAUGCUGCACUCGUAGUCUCUUGUAUAUUUGUACCAACGUUUCUCAUCAAGAGGUUGACCGUAAAAUGGACACUAUGCGUUUCCAUGCUUUGUUACGCGCCUUAUAUUGCGGCACAGUUUAUCCCUGCGUUCUAUACACUCGUGCCUUCCGGAGUGAUUCUUGGCUUGGGGGCAGCACCUAUGUGGACGUCGAAAGCCACUUAUCUCACUCAAGCUGGAAGUGUUUAUGCUAAGCUAACAGAUCAAGCUGUUGAAGGCAUAAUUGUAAGAUUUUUUGGCUUCUUCUUCUUGGCGUGGCAAACAGCAGAAUUAUGGGGAAAUCUCGUCUCCAGUAUGGUGUUUUCGUCCGGAGUACACAGUGGAAGCGCAGCAAACGAAAGCUCCAGCAGCACAUUGCUGUCAUGUGGAGCGAACUUUUGCAUGAUCGGUGGCGGCCACCACGAUAACACCAACUUGCAUCGGCCGCCGGAUGGUGAGAUAUACGAGAUCAGCGCCAUUUACCUCGCCUGUGUUGUGGUGGCAGUCUUGAUGGUUGCUCUGCUUGUCGAUCCUCUCUCAAGGUACGGUGAGAAACAGAGGACCACCGAUCCGUCCAAAGAACUAACCGGCAUCCAACUUUUGUCUGCAACCGCCUACCAGCUCAAGAAGCCCAAUCAACAGCUUCUGAUUCCCAUUACGCUGUGGAUUGGAAUGGAACAGGCUUUCAUCGGAGCUGAUUACACCCAGGCCUAUGUAUCCUGCGCUCUCGGCAUCCGAUCCAUCGGAUACGUGAUGAUAUGCUUCGGGGUGGUCAACGCUUUGUGUUCUCUGCUCUUCGGGUCAGCUAUGAAAUAUAUUGGAAGAUUCCCCAUACUGGUAAUGGGGGCAGCCCUUCACCUUGGCCUUAUAGUAUGGCUGCUUAUAUGGAGACCGAGCGCUGAUAAACCCAUGACGUUCUUCGUGAUCUCUGGCCUUUGGGGGGUUGGGGAUGCUGUGUGGCAAACGCAAGUUAACGGUUUAUAUGGAGUUCUUUUCCGGCGAAACAAGGAAGCUGCCUUCUCAAAUUAUCGGCUUUGGGAGAGUGCUGGUUUUGUUGUGGCAUACGCAUAUUCAACUCACCUCUGCGCAAGAAUGAAGUUAUACGUCAUGAUGGUAGUACUGCUCAUCGGAGUUGGUGGAUACGUUAUUGUGGAAAUAUUACAUAUCAGAAAGACCCGUCGUCUCAAGGCAAUCGCUGAAAAUCCAAACGCUGCCGCUGAAGCCGCCAAGCAGCCUCCGGAAGAAGAUGACGAGAAGGACGAAAUCGACGAUGAAAUCAUCAUCACUCAUCUCUAAACGAUUGGGAGUAGUUGUAUUCGAUUACAAAACAUUGCCAUACAAUAUAUUAGGUACAAACCACAACCUAUCACUACCAGUUAGUGGCUAUGAACACUACAAGUACAAAUCAUCUCGUCGUAUGCCUUCUUUGAGCAUCCUGUAAAGAAGGUCUCACUUUCUCGAUACAUUUCCAUUAAAUUAGCUCUACGGAUAUGACUCUUGAAUUUUGUUAAACAAGUUGACGAAGCACCUUGGUGCAGUAUUCGUACAAUGUCCAGAAGCCAUCGAUGCCGUUAUAUUAUUAUACAGAUCAAAUUUCGCUGUCUUUUUAAUAUGAAUAAAUUAAUUAUCAACAUCGGCUUGUGCUGUGAAAGCAAUACGAUUCAGUACAAUGAUGAUAAUUGAGCGGGCAAUAUUUCUCAAUGAUUAUACGUAUAUUUAUUUAAAAAUAUAAAAGACUGUUAAGAGUUCUUCAUUAUAUUUCAAAAUGUUUAUUGGUUUUAUUUUAUAACGUCGUUAUUUUAAUUCUAUACCUAAAAAACCUCCACUCAUUGAAAAUUUGCCACUUUGUUGUCAUGAAAAACACCUGUGUUAAUUUUUACAUUCAAUCGCAAUUAGUCCCUUUGUCUUUCACUAUAUCUAUAUUUCAUUUACUCAAUAUGAACACACGUGUGUUGAAAUUUCUAUAACACUAUAUUAAAUAUGAGAAUAUUGAGAAAAGAUCUAAGAAGCUAAUGUAAUGUGAUGUGAUUUUCAGAGGGCAAACUGUUUCUAAGUUAAAUGAAAUUAACCCAAAAACCUUUAUUGAAUAUCACCUUCCCUUAAAUUUUUUUUUCGUUAAUCAAGCCAGAUAUUUAAUGACGAUAAAAAUAAUUAUAACUUAAUAUUUAACAAAUGUAUAUUUUAAUAAACUUAAGUUUGAAAGACAAACAGAAUGACAGUCUAUGCUGAUCUUAUAGAAAAAUUUAAAUAAAUAUACAUACAGUGGUGAAUUUGUUAUAAAGAAUAUUUAUGAAGCUGUAGUAAAUUCACUUAUUUAAGGCUUAGAUCAAAUAAAUUAAUAUUAUACGAUAAAUAAUAUUAAGAAACAUGUUUAUAUACCCGUCGCUAUGUUAGUACUAGAGAAUUAUUAUCGUCUCAAUACAACUUAAAAUUUCAUAAACAUUUAAAGUGUCAUAACAUUGUCUUCACACGAUAUCAAAUGGAAAGGGCAAAACGAGUAGGUCUUAACAUAAAUUCAUUAUGAACGCUGGUAUCUUACAUUAUCGUAAGUUAUUUAUCAUAAUAUAAAUGAGGGUGUUACACUAACCAGAGUUAUUUGUUUCGUGUUGGUCACGGAUGGACAGAUGACAAGUCUAUAUUAGCAAUUAGAGAAGCACAGCUUUGAUAUGUCAUAAAAAAUUUAAAUAUUCCAAAUAUACACCGGAACAGUUGUAUACUUAUUAAACUUAAUAUUCAAUAUGUUUAAAACUUUCAUAAGUAUAUCAAAAGUGUGCUUAUCAUGUUUUAUAUUUGAUAGCGUAGAAACCACGUGAUAACAUUAUAGGUAUAAAAACGUAAGCAUAUAUUUUAUUGUAAAUUAAAUUUUCAGUAGUUUAGAUAACUGUAAGAAUAUUAUAUCUUAAAAAUAUUGUUUUUUUUUCAAAUAACAUUUAUUAAUUAGAUUAGGUUAUUAUGUUAUAUUAUGAAAAUUGUGAUGAAAAUAAACAGUAAGUUGUUUGGUC